AUGCUCCCUAUCACGCUGCGCAACGCGCUUCUGUCCCUCGCAGUCGUCCUCCCGACCCAUGUCCUCGCAGACGGCGAUGUCAGCUCUUCUGCCGUCACGUUCCAGUUCUCAGCUUGCGUGAGCACAUGUCUGGGGAGUUCAGGCUACAGCAUAGACGGAGAAGACAACCAGAAGGAAAUGUGCAAGGCCUCCCGGGAUGGCCUGCUGGAGGCCAUCAUCGCCUGUGCAGUAUCAAAUUGUGUGGGGGAGCUCGUGUCCGUCGAGGCAACUCUUCUGCAGCCCAUGCAGGCCGGUUGCAAGGAGCUCGAGAAGCCAGUCUCGGACGACGAGAUCGAGGCCGCCGUGGGUGCCGCCCUCGACAUCCAGGCCACGCUCGCCAUCAGCACGAGUGCGAGUGCGAGUGCCACAUCGACCUCUUCGACCUCUUCGACCCAGCUGGCGGCCAUGACGCCGACUGGCGGAGGCUUCCGGCCAUUCGGAGUCGAGACCGAGACUUCGACAACAGCGGAAGUACCCGCGAUCCCCAUGCCCACCGAGCAAACCCUGACGGCGAUCGACUCGGCAGCAGAGACGACCAUGCUGAUCCCGACGGGCCCCCUCACGGUGGUCGGGACGACCACUUCUGAGGCCGUCGUCCCGGCCGAGACGCCCUCGGCAACCCCGGAGCCGGUGAUUGCUUCCGAAGCACAGCCACCGCCGGAGCCAGUCACUUCCGCUGAGGAGCCAAGCCAAACUUCCUCCGAGGCGGCGGCGAUAGUCCCCGUGGCCCAGGCCACCCAGCCGUCAGCCGAGCAGGCGGUCCCAGAGGCCACGACUGUGUCAGAGCCUCCACCAUCUCCAACCCCAGACACUCCCCCAGCGCCGCAGCCAACACCAACACAUGGCGGACACCAAGCAAGCCAGGUCCAGCCUGAGCCCAUCCCGGCGACGACACUAGCCACCACAAUGACCAUGCCCACCAGCACCAACAACGCCGCCGACACGCAGCCCCAGCACACGCCAGCGGCCCACGAGCAGCCCCCCAACGACAACAACAACAACAGCCCAGUCGCCGGCGCCGGCACGACUACCACCAGCACCGAAGCCUCCAAGACCGAGGGUUCUGCCCCGUCCAAGGCAACCCACACGGCCGACGCCAGCAAGGACUCAGACUCAGACUCAGACUCAGACUCAGACGACGACACCCUAGCGACCGCGACGGGCAGCGCGACGCCCGACAUCAGCGGCGAGCUGGUGCUGGCGACGGGCACGCCGACCGCCACCCCAGCAUCGUGGUCCGGCUUCGCCACCUCCGUGACGGCCGUGACGGCGACCCCGUCGGCGUCCGGGACCCAGGCGGCCGACUCGGGCGAGGACCGCGGGCUGGGCGGGGGCAGUCCCUUCAGCGUCGUGACGUCCUCUAUGGCGCCGGGCACCACGAGGUGUCUGUUGGCCCCUCUGGGUGUUGUGUUUGGUGUUUUCGUGUCCCUGAUGAUGUUGUGAGCGUCUUGUGUGUGUACUUUUUUUUUUUUUUGGCUGUUGUGACGAGAGUGAUACCUACCUACCUAUCCUGUGCUGUGUGUUCUGAUGUGUCGAGUGC